AAGCAAAAUUCGAAAAAGGAUAUUCACUUUUGCACAUUGAAAAUAUCCAGUUGUUACUAUGCUAAUAUCACAAAACAAACAACUUUUUACCUCUUCUGGGAAACUUUUGAGUUUAUAAAUAGUAAAUAUCCGACUUUAGUUGACAUUAGUCAUAAUACAUAACUGUUAUCAAUAAGGAACGCGAAGGUUUUGAACAAUUUAGGCGGCCGGUCGAAUGGUCCGGUGUAUAUGUUAGUCUCCAUUCGUAAUGAUUUUAUGAUACCUAGUGGUUCUACCUGUGAAAUAAGAUGUGAUGUCAGAUAGAGGUCUUGAACUGCGAAUCUGGAAAAAUAAGUUGUACAAUUUGCAGCGUGAAGCUCCUUCUCCACAUGUUAUACCCUGCAAUCGAGUUUUAAGUCAUUGCCCACCCCAGUAUGGUGUUGAAUAUCAUGGCCCAAUAUCGCGUCAGGAAACCGACGAGCUACUUUCUAAUGCAGAUGAUGGUUCUUACCUUAUUAGAGAUAGUCAACGUGCCGAAAACGCCUAUACGUUGGUCAUUUGGUUCGACAAAGUGGCGAAAAACUUCAAGUUGUAUUUUGAUCCCUUAACCAAGCAGCACUUUGUUGGAGAAACCAAAUUUGACACCGUAGAACUCCUUGUCGCGGAUGGCCUUAUUCAUUUUUAUGUGGAAACACGUGGAGCAGAUGUUCUCAAAAAAAUCGCAGAAGCCAACAUUUAUCAAAAGACGCCGUUUUAUAAGGUUCGUUAUCACACUUUCAACUCUCAGGCAGUAGAAGCAUGUCUUAGUAUAAAGUCCUCUGAAAACAAAGUGAUGAAUAACGAACGUCCUCUCCCUUCUCCGUUAAAACACCUCCAAGCUUCUCAACGCUAUGCAAACACUUCUAAACAGUUGUCGUGUCGUCGUCAGUCUAUGGAUGCAAGUCAUCUUGAUAGCCGUUCCAAAUAUCACUCUGUCGUUUUUGCGAAACCACUUAUUCGUGACUGGCCUGAUGAUAAAAAUGGGUUCAAAGAUUAUCGGAAUUAUCCCCCUCUGGCUGUUCAACAGUCUAAUGUUUGUAGCCCAAUACAACAACAAACAGAACCAAAAACUACCACCCCUACUUUUGAAGUCGGUUUUUCUCAUCUGAGGUUGGGAUCACAAGUAGAUACGCAUGAAGUUGUGAGCAGCACACAGUCUUUCUCUGGAGUCACUUCAUCUAACAUAACACAAGCUUCCAGUCAUCGUACAGUAACAGCAACUAACUGUCCAACCGUUGUUAAAACUAUUUCUUCAGGUGACCAAUGUCCCUCAGUUAAUUCAGUUUUAAUUCAAGCACCUCUUGCCACUUGUUUUUCUGGGGAAUCAAGCAGUUUGAGUUCUUGUACAAAUAGUAGUUCUAGCAGCCACAUGGGUCUUCUACCGAGUGCUCAGUCAUAUGAGUUGGAAUCUGAAUUUUCUUCAGAAUCACUUGGUCCAAGACAUGUUUCAUUUAGUGGUAAUCUAUCUGACCAUUAUUUUUCAAACGGGAUUUCAUUUCAAAGUUCCAAACUUAAUGGGAGUACGUCAACUUCUCCAAAACAACAGCUAAAUGAUUUAUCCUUUACAGAUUCUGACUGUGCACAAAAUGAUGCUAUGCGCAAUCUUCAGGAGCGAUAUAACUUGCCUAUGGCUUGUUUACCUGAUCCAUGUACCUUCAUUUCAAAUGUCAAACCACAUAAUUUUAGGAUUCAUACUUAUCGUGGACCUCAUUGGUGCGAUUACUGUACUCAUUUUAUAUGGGGGCUUGUUGCUCAGGGCAUGAAAUGUAUAGAUUGUGGAUUUCAGGCUCAUAAACGAUGUGCUGAUCUUGUACCAUGUGACUGUGUACCAGAUAUUAAACAAAUGAAACGAGUGUUCGGUGUGGACUUGACUAAUUUGGCGAGAGCUGAAAACAAGACUGUACCAACUCUGCUAAUUAAAUGCAUUCAAGAAGUAGAACGUCGAGAUGGUUUGUGUUGUGAAGGCCUGUAUCGUAUUCCUGGAAAUUAUGAUCUUGUGGAAGAACUACGUACUGAAUUCGAUAAAGAUCCGGAAUUGGCAAAUGUAUCUGAGUCACGUGUUCGAGAUAUCAAUGUUUUGACAAGUUUGAUUAAAUCAUUUCUGCGUCAAUUGCCUGUCCCAUUAAUCACUUAUGAAGCAUAUCCAGAUUUACUGGAUGUUGUUAGAGAUGAUCGACUUAAUGAACAAGAAAAAUUGGAUAUGUUAAGAAAAAUAUUUGCUCGCUUACCCGGUGCCCAUUAUGAAAGUUUGCGUUAUUUUAUAAACCAUAUACACAGAGUGGCUGAAAAACAAGAUGUGAAUAUGAUGACUACAGCUAAUUUAGCUAUUGUCCUAUCACCUACUCUACUGAGUUCAUCUUAUACUGAUCCUAUAAGUUGUUUAGCUGGAACACUUUUUGAACAUACCUUAAUAGAAUUACUUAUAAAACAUUGUACUUAUUUACUUCCAUCAAAUGGACGAUGGUUAGCUAGUAGACCUACUGAAUUAGCCGACAAUGCAAUCCAUUCACCAUCCCAUCGUCAUAGUCAAAUCAUUACCAAUAAUAAUUUUACUCCACCAGCCACUACGGUAUCACCACCCAGUAUACCAUCUUAUAAGAAAUGGAAUUUUUUAAGAAGUCGAUCAUCCACAGAUACCCGUACAGUGCCAACUUUAUCACCUAUCCCGUGAAAUUGGAUGGAAAUUUCAUCGAUCUCUUUCUUCGUCUGUCUGCAGAUAAUUUCUGUGUCAGUAUGAAUAAAUUAUUGUGUAAUAUUAUUUUUUUUACUACCUAUCUUACCACUAUAUCGUUCUCUAAUUGUUCUGUAUCAACAAAUAUUUGUUAACACAUUCCACCAUUUUUUUCGUAUAACUUUUUGAUUAUGUCCAUUUUUUGCAUUUCACAAAACGUCUGGUUCUUAACAAACUUGUACACAUAUAUUUGUUCUUUUCUCGAAUUCCAUAAUAUUUGUGUGCUCUUGGUUUAGAGAAAUCAUUCAUAAGUGAUACUUUUAUUGUCUUCCAGCUUUUCUUUCUUUAAUCUACUUCUUUAAACCAUCUAAAUGCGGACAAUAUAUUUUUGAGUUUAUAUGGCCACUUAAAAGCAUAUUUAUAUAGAUAUAGCGUGUUUCUAACAGCUGAUUGUGUAUUUCUAUCCUAUCCUAUUGUUCAACUCACUAUCUUUAAAUAUAUGCUUGUUGUUCAACUCUUAUUAUAUGGUGAUUAUGCUGAGACAUCUUUAAAAAUUAUUUAAUGAUAAACUUAUAUGAUGGUACCAUUUUUAUUUGAUUUUUAUAAAUAGGACUGAUAAAGCAAUACAAGAAAAAAAAAUAACAGUUUGUACAUAUACAUAUACCUGUAUUAAUAAACUGUGUUUUAUAAAAAUAGCCCAUUACCUGUUGGGUUAUUAGAUAGUGAAGGUUAGAUAAUCUGUUUUUUGAGUCCAUAUCUCGUCAUGUUUACCUGACUCACUUGUUCACAUCUUUUCUGUCAACUUAAUUCUAAACGGUGAAUUGGUACCGUUAACCUUCGUAUGGUAGAUAUGUUUAAUGAGUCAACGAUGAUGUUCAUGGUUUCUGUGUUACAAGUGCAAAACUUUAAACAUUUCCGUCCCAGUAUGAAAUAUAAAUUUAGGUGACCAAACCCAAAAAAGAACAAUUAUAGAUUCACUGCUUUCUUUACAUUACCGUUAACUGUUUUACGCAGUUUUUGCGCACAGUCUCAACUUGACUUUUUUGCAGAGCAUUGUUUAUUAACUUUGAGAAUGAAUGUAGAGAACUUGAAAUGACUUUCACUUAUUAAUUAAUUAGUCAGUGACUGUCACCUAUAUUACGUCCAGCGAGUUAUUUUUUGAAAAUUUGUCAGACAUACAUAAAAGUCACCAUACCUUAUACGAUAAUAGAAAAAUCUCUGUACAUCAACCAUAUUUCAUUAUGUCCACUGUUUCUCCAUACUUCUACUAUACGUACUUUAAACAAGUAUAACCAUCAUAAUUCCAGCUUCGUGGUAUCUUUUUGUUCUUUUCAUUUGUAUGAAACCGUCCAAAAAAUAAUUUCAAGUUUCUGAAAUUUACAAACAGUUGUGCAUUUUGAAAGUUAACAGUGUGUUCCCCAUCAUGUAUGAUGUUAACAGCUGUAAUUUAUUCAUAAUCAUUUCUUCUUUCUACAAAAGUGAAUUUUUAUUCCAUUAUGUUGUAAAUAAAAUUAAAUCCAAGCAACAGAUGGCUGAAUAUUUUUUUACUGUAUUUGAAUAAUCACUGUUUGACAGGAAGAUAUUUUUCUCUUGUCAAACAAUAAAUUUACCGACUGAUCUGAACAUAGUAGAGUAUACAGUUAUUUAUAAGUUUUGUAAAUCGAUGUCUUACAGCACUAUAUAUAUAUAUAUAUAUAUAUAUAUAUAUAUAUAUAUAUAUAUAUAUAUAUGUCAUAUGACAAUGUGGGUGCCUUUUACUACGUAAAUCUUGAAACUUGACGAUGUAUGCAGGAUACUAUAAUCAAGUAUAUCUCCAUCCAUUGAAUAACUGGUUGGACCUAUGUGGAGUCUGAAAGACUAAGCAGUUCCUGUACAUUCAUAUUGAAGUUCAAUAAUGUUUAACCUACAAAUUUCUCAUAAGUGACCAACUCGAUCGGUUCAGUUGACUUCGAACUUAAUGUACAUCUGGUUAGUAUGUGAUUGAUAACAUAAAUCAAUAACUCUAUAUCAGCACAUCUAUGGUCAGAAACACUAUCACCCGAGGUAAAAACACAUUGGACAGACAGCCUAGUUUAUCAUUAUUUGAAUAUUUCAAUUAGAAUUUCUAUUCCAUAAAAUUACACACCAAAAUAACCUAGUGACUAUCUCUUAUUAUUACCACAAAACUGUGGCAUAACGAAUUUUAAGCUUUGAUCAAUCAACCUAACAAACUCCUUGAUAGUUUUUAUUUUUUACUUAGUUCAUAAGACAACAAAUUGUUUUAAUAUACUAUUAUUUGAAAACAAUAAUAUUAUUUAUGCAUAGUCAUCGUGACAUGAUAACGCAUUUAAUCAGCGGAGUUAAUAAUCUGACCUGGUCACAAUAAGGGUACUCUUGAAUCAAUAAUUCUAUUUAUUUUAAUAUAAACUACCUUAUAACUAACUAAUUAGUCAUUAAUAUUCUAUCCAACUAUGACUACUGAUACUUUUAUUAUGUUCAGGUUUUUUUAUCAAUAAAAAUAUUUGAAAUCAAUGAUCAUCUCAACUCCAUUCUUUUUAUAAAUGAAGGGAACGUGCACCGAAAUCUCCACUA